AUGGAGUCCUUGAGGCGAAGUAUAACCUCAUAUGAGCCUAGCGAUAGCAGCCCCGGCGAGUGGUUCAACCAACACACCGGCUUCAGAAAAGUCGGCCUCAUCCUCCACCUGGGCACGAUCCUCCCCUGCGAAAUUCUCGUGAUCUACCAAUUCAUCCCCUCAAUCCGCCACCGCGUAAUCCUCUUCCACCGCAUAAACGGCUACAUCAUCGUCGUCCUACUCCUCAUCUCCAACGCCGGCGCGCCAUGUUCUACAUGUGGCAGCAUCGUGACCAUCCACCCGCUGCUGGAAAUCAUCUCCAGAAUCGUCAGCAAGCUCGGCACGUACUACGAGGUCUGGCCGUGCGAGAAGAUCGACUUCACCUGGCAGUUCUACAAGAUCCCCGUCUCCUAUCUCGCCGCGUAUCCCAUGUGUGCGCCGCUGCCUGACCCUGCAAAACUGCUGCCGGGCUACGACCCCGUCGCGAUCGUCAAGGCGGAUGAUAACGGCAUGGAACCCGCACAGAUUGGUGCAAAUCUCAACCUGUCGUUCGGACUGGCACUGUGGCUGGCGCUGUUUUUGCAUAUUUUUGGCGUCGAGAUUUACCUGCAGCUGACGCCGAGGGAGAGUCAACGGCUGCGCAUGGUUAGCUAUGAGCGACAGAAGGCGGCGGGGUAUGCGAACCCUGGGCUCCGUCGGUUGAAACUGGGUAGCCCAUGUAGGUUACUUGUUUAGGGACCGACAGAGGGGGCGCACGGAUAUUGAUACGCUACGAAUUUACUAUUAUUGUGCGUAAUAAACUGUGUUAUGGUGUAAUCUUCCGUCGGUUAUCAUCAACCUUGUCUAUGUUUAACUUGAGGUCCAACGCGAUUUUAACAAAGGAAUAUUGAAUGCAUUCCACUUAUCGAGGUAUUUCUAACCAAAGGGAAUGGCAGGGAAAGAGAAAGACAAAAUAAUACAACGGACUAAGAAACAAUUAAACUUCCAAGUGAUAAGAACCAACCCGCUUCCCCCCCUCGGGACCCUCAAGUUGUCCAUAAUCCAAGGCUCUCUCUAUUCGCCAAUACUUCGCUUUUUUGGCACGACAAUGUUAUUUGCAACAACCUGUCUUGCUGCCAAGUUCUUCUCACGAACCUCUCGAUACGUUUCGAACGCCUCGAUGAACCCAACAAGCAAAUCCUCCUCUAUCAACGUAGUUGGAUCCUUCCAUGCCCCUCCAAGUUCUGAAAACACCCCAUUUGGCAUUUCGUUGGACAGCCCGCAUUUCUGCAUCGCCAUCCGUACAGCCACCGCACAAUGGAAGCGGAUAAAUUGUGGGCUCGGUCUGAGGUCGCACCCCGGUUUGAAAACGAGUGUCCGCCCAUUCAAAUCAUUGAAUGUCAUUUCCCCAUUCACCUUCAGGCGUAAAAUUUUCGGGUCGAGGACUACAAACUUGUAGUUGUGAGGACGAGCUGCGACUGGGUCUGGGAUUAUUGUAACCUGGUAGUCCUGAAACGCAUGUUUGACGGCGGGUGGUAAGAAAAGCCCGUUUUCCGCUCCGUGGAUACUGACAUCGAAUCCGUCCCCGAAGACCAUCCCCAGGUUGUCUUGUCCGACCUGUGGGGGAAAGAUAUGUACUGCGCUCAAGUCCGCCUUUCGAGUCCUGCCCGUGACAGGGCUCCAGAUUUCACUGGGUGUGCCCUCAAGACUGUACACGUUUUCCAUAGCCUCCAAAAACAUCCUUUUCUCCUCCACAGUUAUUUCUCUCAUCAAUAACACGAAUAGAUCCUUCGCUUUAUUUUUCUGCGUCUUUGUCCUGUACGCUGCUUCGGAAGCAGCUUUAUGCUCAGCCUUUUGAAAGAGGUGCCACAGUUCUCUACCAAGUCGCAUCCGCUCUGAGAUGAAUAGAUUCUGCUCGGCGGUGUAGU